AACUAUGAUUCCCAUAGUGCUUCGAGGCUGAGGGACGCAACGCGUCGCGAGCGAUGACGUUGACGUCACAAGGAACGGUGGUGCCGUGGUUGGGCUGUAGAGGGCGCAGUGCGCGCUGACGGCGGCGCCGGCCAGUGGCAGCGAGCAAUCGGGAACGGGAUUCCCUCUGUGGACUUUGUCUAAGAUUCCUGUCGCCGCGCCGUCGGGAGCCACAGAUCGCCUCCGUCGUGCAGGAAGUCGGUGCGAAUGGCUGGGAAGCAGGCGGAGGACGUGGGGCGAUAGGGAGCGCCUGGGCACGGCAGCCCCGCAGUAUGAGCGCAGAAAUAAAGAAGCCUCCAGUGGCUCCUAAACCUCGAUUUGUGUUGGUCAAGAAGCCGCCACCUCCUCCAGUUGCACCGAAGCCAGAUGUUAUCAUUUUGGAUUCUUUAUCAGCACAAAAGGGAUCAAAGCCAGCAUUAGCACCAAAACCGGUAUUGCCAAAAAUCACACCUGUGGCUGAAGUGAAACCAACACCACUACAAAAUUAUAAGUGGUCAGAGGAAAUUAAAAGUGAAUUGUGUGAAAAAGCAAAGUAUCCUGUUUCUGAAGACAGUGAUGGAAUGCAGAGGGGAGAUUGUGAAUUGACUGGUCAAUACAUCAUAUCAAACUGCUUAUGUAAAAGUGAAUGUGAACACAAAUAUAUAAAUGGUGAAAAUACCUGUAAAACCAAAACAGUCAGUGAGCAUUUAGGCAAACUGAAAACUUUUGAAGCUAACAAAAAAUAUGACCAAACAAAAUAUUCUCCUCAGGCAAAGCACAGGUCCGAGACUCAGCAUAGUGAUAUUGUCAACAAGCACCAGGCAAUUAGCAAAACUUGUUUCCUGGAACAGAAAUUUAAGGAUGUCUUAACUCAGGUUGUAACACCAAAUAACUACCUUCCAAGACAGAAGGAUACACAUGGUGAUGGAGAUGUUAAAUUGCUCAGUAGCAACAGUGGGCAAAGUGAACUCUUCAGUACUGAUCAAAAUAUAAGAAGUUCCAAAAGUACAGAAAAGGGCAAUGAAAUUAAAAUUGCCAGUUAUCGGGCAGUGAUGAAAAAUGAGAAAAGUUGCCAAUCUAUGGGUACUGACCCCAUUGAGAGAGUGCACGAGAGCCAGGCAAAAGUUGCUUUUGCAGUUGAUGAAAAGGAUAAGUUGAUUUUUCAGGAUUCUAACUUAAUUACUGCUUCAACAUCCAACGCAGCACCUUGCUCCAAACCAGUUCCUAUGCCAAAACCAAAAGCAGCACGUCUGGUUGGCCUUGUCAGGCAAAGGUGUAUAGAUGACUGUGCAGAGGGUCCCAAAGUGACGUGUAUUGAUUCUUUUUCCAGAACUUCAGAUGAACAUACUUUUGAUACCAGGAAAUCAUUUGUUCCCACGGAUGGUUGCAUUGUCUCCAAGUAUAAUAAUUCAAAUAAGACUUUUAGCACACCCUUUCAUGGGAAUAAUGCUGAGUCUAGUCAAGCAAAAGAAUCUUGUGUUCAAAGAGGUGUAUCCUCCAUAGAUCCAUGUCUGGGCUCUCCUUCCGAAUUCAGGAUAUCUUCAGACUUACAGAAUAGAAGUAAAAUUGAACAAAUAAAGAGAGACUUGGAAAAUGGUAACAGAACAUUGCCAUCAGAUGCAAAGAGUAGUUUUAUUCGAAAUACUUCAGUCUCUAUGAGUUUGCCAAAGUAUCUUGGAUUGUCAUUUGCUCAGACGCAGCCUGAGUCAAACAAUGAAACUGGUUCAGACUUCAAAAAAGAAACUACUAAAAUGAGCAUUUCUCCAAAGCCCAUUCCCAAAAAACCACAGCGUCACAGCAUGCCUAUAGCUGUUGCAGCUAGAAGAGAUGUACCGACAAGUAGUCCUAAUGAUGCAAGUAGAGCACUAGAGAAUAAUUCAAAAAAGGGACAUAACAGAUUAUUAAGCAGAGAUACUGAUUUGUACACUAAUGAGCAUGAAGCAAUUUGUCCAAAUGAGAAACCUAUAUGGAAACUUGCACAUCCGAUUCUGCCUCUCCCACAGAGUCCUACCACAGCGGCAGUGUCCAGUAAUUCACAAGAUGAUGAAGAGCUUACUGCAAAGCCAAGGGCUAAAUCUUUGUCGUCUGCAGAUACUGAAAAACCAGAAAAGUCUACAAAAUUGGCUUCAAAGAAAAAUUCAUUUAAGAGGAUCCUUGCUAUAAAGCUAUCUGCUAAGGUGAAGAAUGACUUUCAGAGAUUUUUGUCAAAAGGCAGCUGUUCACUAGACAGCAUGUCAUCUGUACAUGAUUCAGAAAAAAACUACCAAGAUGACCAUCAGUGCAUUUCAGGGUUGCAGAUAGGUGAUCAAAAGAAAAGACCAACAAAAGCGCAUUCUACAGAUUCUUGUCUUCCAAUAGCAAAGGACCAAAAGCCUAAAAAUCUCUCUAAACUGGCAAAUAAUUUUACCAUUCAGCAAGAGUCUUGUAUUGACCUGAAAAAAGAUUGCCCAGGGAAUGCUAAAGCAAAAUUUCACUCUAAAUAUGAAAAUAUAAGCCCAAAUUUUGAUUGGAAAAAUUCAUCCAGUGUCGAAGACUCUGAUACACUCAUUUAUGAGAUAGAACCGUAUGCGGUUUCAAACUGCUAUCAAAAGUAUGGAGCAAGUCUGGAAAACCGAUGUAUCAGCCCAGUACAGGAUCAGGACAACCUUUCUUCAGAAAUGGACAUCAACUCAGAGGAGGAAGAAAUCAUAUUUAGUUCUGAUGAAGAAGAUGACAGUUCAGAUGCUAGCAAAGGAGAACUGGAUCAACACGAUGAGAAGCAGAAUGACAAAGGGAAGAAAACCAAAGUCUAUCACAUUGCCAGAGAAAUCAUGAGCUCAGAGAAAGUGUUUGUGGAUGUUUUGAAACUUUUGCAUAUUGAUUUCCGGGAUUCAGUGAUUCAAGCUUCACGACAGUAUGGAAAGCAAGUGAUUGACGAUAAGACCCUGAACCAGGUCCUGUACUACCUUCCACAGCUGUAUGAGCUGAACCGAGGCCUGCUGCGAGAACUGGAAGAGAGAAUGGCUCACUGGGACAAGUAUCAGAGAAUAGCUGAUAUCUUCAUGGAGAAAGGACCAUAUCUAAAAAUGUAUUCAACUUAUAUCAAGGAGUUUGACAAGAACAUUUGUUUGUUGGAUGAACAGUGCAAGAAGAACCCCACCUUUGCUGCUGUAGUCAGAGAAUUUGAGAUGAGCUCUCGCUGUGCAAACCUGGCACUCAAACAUUACCUGUUAAAACCUGUCCAAAGAAUUCCGCAGUACAAGCUGCUUCUAACAGAUUAUGUGAAGAACCUGUCCAAGGAUUGUGCAGAUUAUAAAGAUACUCAAGCUGCUCUUGCCAUUGUUGUAGAAGUAGCAAACCAUGCCAAUGACAUAAUGAAACAAGGGGAUAAUUUCCAGAAGUUGAUGCAAAUCCAGUAUAGCCUUAAUGGACAACAAGAGAUUGUUCAGCCUGGACGGGUUUUUUUGAAGGAGGGAACUCUGAUGAAACUAUCCAGAAAAGUUAUGCAACCCCGAAUGUUUUUUUUGCUUAAUGAUGUAUUGUUAUACACUACACCAGUGCAAUCGGGGACGUACAAGCUAAACAACAUGUUGUCACUAGCAGGUAUGAAGGUUAGCAAACCGUCUCAAGAGGCCUACCAGAAUGAACUCAACAUCGAAAGUGUGGAACGAUCGUUCAUUCUGUCAGCAAGUUCUGCGGCGGAAAGAGAUGAAUGGUUAAAAGCCAUUUCUAAGGCCAUCGAGGAAUAUACAAAAAAAAGGAUAACAUUCACUGCGAGUAAAAGCCUUGAGUUUGAAAUAUGGACAGUCAAUGGAGGAGGAGGCGUUUGUGGUGGACUAGGUUGUGUUCACAGGAGCAAUUUCUUUGGUCUUAGAGCUGUUGCCAUGCCAUACUGCAACUUUAAACAGGAGGAGCCAGAUAAACCAGAGGUUAAUACACCUUUGGGCACUAAGGCACCCAUAUGGAUUCCUGAUCCUCGUGCCACCAUGUGUAUGGUGUGUACAUGUGACUUUACACUUACCUGGAGGCGGCAUCAUUGUAGAGCAUGUGGAAAGAUUGUUUGUCAAGCCUGUUCAUCAAAUAAAUUUAACCUGGACUACCUUAAAAACCGACCGGCCAGAGUUUGUGAUUAUUGUUUCUCAGAGCUGCAAAAGAGAGAAAUGCAAUCACCUGUUACAAGGAUGGCGUCUCCAACUCACAAACCCUCGAGUAGCCUCACCUCAGUUUUUCAUAGCAUUCAGCACUCUUCAGGGCGGAAACACAAGAAAAUUCCGGCAGCGCUGAAAGAAGUAUCAGCAAAUACUGGAGCCUCAUCAAUGAGUGGCUAUCUGUAUCGGUCAAAAGGCACUAAGAAACCAUGGAAACGGCUCUGGUUCGUCAUUCAGGACAAGGUGUUAUACACUUAUGCUGCCAGUGAGGAUGUGGCAGCUCUGGAGAGCCAACCAUUACUUGGAUUCACAGUUUCAGAAGUGGAAGAUGAUCUUUCAGACCUCAAAGUGAUUUUUCAGUUGUUUCAUAAAAGAACACUGUUUUAUGUGUUUAAAGCAGAUGAUCCUCACACAGCUCGAAGAUGGGUAGAGGUUUUCCAGGAAGCUACUGUUCUAUAACAACAAAAGAGACACCCACUUAGUGAAAGGACUUCAAGAAAUGAUUUAGUGAAAACUACACUAAGCUCAGAUGUUGAAGUGUGUCAUUGAUACUUCAAAGA